AACUCUUUUCUAGUUCUGAGCAGAGUGUGAAGCUCUGCAAAAACCAAACGAAAUUUUUCAAGGAGAUCGAAGAACGGAGCAAAAUCAAAGAAAUAAUGCAUUUCAAUGUUCUUCUUCUUCUUCUGGAGAUUCCUCGCGGUGUUCUUCUCUCUGCAAUCUAGUUUCAGAAGCAGUUUCCGGUUGCCGAUAUGGUCAAGUGUGAAAGAAACAAUGUCGGAUCUGUAGUUUUUGACCGAGUUUCCACUUCCACUGCCGCUUGCGGAAAUUUUCGCCUUCGUACGUCAUUCUCCGCUGCUUCAUUCCGUAAGAAGAUUUUUGACGCUGUAAGUUGUAGCGGAAGUUUUCGCUAUUGUUAUCACCACGACGGCGAUGGUACUGUUGCCUCGGCGAUUAAACCGGCGUCCGAGAUUGUGAAUGAACGGAAGUCGGUGAGGCCGAAGCGGUCCAAUGCGAAGUCGGAGAAGCUGUUGGAUCUUCUGAGGUUGGAGUCAUUGCAGGAAUCGAAGCAGGAGACGGAGGAGGAGGAGGAGGAGGAUCUGGAGGAGUUCAUAUGCGUGGUGAAGAAACUGCAGGAUGAUGAUUUGGUGAAGAGGAGAGCUGCUGCGAGUCGAGUUAGGUUGCUUGCAAAAGAAGAUGCAGAAGCGAGAGAGACGUUCGCAAUACUCGGAGCCAUUUCGCCGCUGAUUGGAAUGCUUGAUUUGGAAGACAAUGAAUCUAAGAUCGCCUCGCUUUAUGCAUUGCUCAAUCUUGGAAUUGGAAACGAUAUGAACAAGGCGGACAUUGUCAAAGCAGGUACUGUUCACAAAAUGCUUAAGCUGAUCGAAUCUGAUAAUUCCAUAAAUCCAUGUGUCUCCGAAGCCAUAGUUGCAAAUUUCCUCGGCUUGAGCGCAUUAGAUACCAACAAACUGGUAAUUGGGUCAUCAGGUGCAAUUCCUUUCCUGGUGAAGAACUUAUACGACCCAGACAAAAAAGGUAGUUCACAAGUCAAACAAGAUGCUCUACGUGCGCUUUAUAACCUCUCUAUUUUCCCAUCCAACGUUCCAUUUAUCUUAGAAACCAAGUUGAUCCCAUUUCUUCUAAACUCGAUGGGAGACAUGGAAGUCAGUGAAAGAGCUCUCUCUAUUUUAAGCAAUGUGGUAUCAAUCCCAGAAGGCCGAGAAGCCAUAAGCACUUUUCCAGAUUCAUUUGCAAUAGUAAUUGAUGUAUUGAAUUGGGGUGAUUCGCCGGGGUGCCAAGAGAAGGCCUCGUAUAUUUUAAUGGCAAUGGCGCACAAAUCUUAUCGUGAUAGACAGGCAAUGAUUGAAGCUGGGAUUUCAUCCACUUUGUUGGAACUAACUCUUUUGGGCAGUACGUUGACUCAAAAGAGGGCCUCGAGGAUAUUGCAGAUUUUGAGGGUCGAUAAAGAAAAAGAGAUAUCGGAUGAUUAUGGUUGGAAUUCUUCUGCUCCAAUUUGUGGUGGUUCAUCUUCUUUUACAAACCCAAUUCUUGGUUCUGCAGAAGUGGAAGGAUUGGAUGAUUUGGUGAGUGAAGAGAAGAAUGCUGUGAAGCAAUUGGUGCUGCAGAGCUUGCAAAACAACAUGAGGAGAAUCGUUAGGAGAGCGAACUUACCUCAAGAUCUUGUGCCUUCUGAUCAUUUCAAGUCCCUCACAUCAAGCUCCACUUCAAGAAGCUUGCCGUUUUGAGUGCCUAACUUCCAGGAAUUCUGGUAUCCUCGAUAAAUCUGAAGAAUGAUGCAGUUUUCCUUGUAAACAAUGAUGCGAGCUGUAGAGGUAACAUCUCUACUGCAAAUGUAGCAUUAUGCUACAGUGCUUUUAAUUCAAUAUAGAUUUUGAAAGUUGAUCUCUGCAACUUCUUUAUUUUCAUUUUUAACUUUUGGGUCUCUUUAACUUUGGACUAGCUAGCUAUUCUAUAGGUCUUCUGCACAAAAUCAAGUACUAACUUUCCCCAAAGAUGUCAUAUAUUUAUUAAAAUGAGGUGCUGCAAUUGCUUUGUUGUUAAACCAAAAGUAGCUGGGACUUGCAAUAAACAAGGGGAAGGAAGUGGAAGGUGUAGGCAGUUAAUGUGUUUGAGAAUUAUUUGAAAAUGACACCCUCUCCCUGUGCCUCUAGUGGUCUAGCAACAAUAAUUAGAAUUAUUUGGAAAUGCACUGUUAGACAAUAAUUUUUCUAAUAAAAUUAGUAUUAUUAAGUAA